CUGCGAGCGAACCCGAGGAAAUUAACGGCGAUGGUGUCAAGAACGUACGCUGAUGAGAAUUUUGAACUCGCCAACCCCACCCCCGAACUCGGCAGACCUUGAAUUGGAGGCCAUGUGUGUGCUCAACCCUAGAACUUGUCGAACGUGGAGCCUGGACUUGGCUGUAGAGAUUUGAACCCGCGACCUUCGGCUGGCGACGAAGUCUGCAGACUCUGCACCCAACAUGGGACAUUGAUUGCACGCCGACUUGGCGGCAUCUUGGGCCGGCAGCGGUGGAGGCUGUUUGCGUGCUCGGGCUUGGAACUUAUCGACAGUGGAGAGCGGACUUGGCUGCAGAGAUUUGAACCCGUGACCUGUCGGGGAACUUGUCGAACGUGGAGCCUGGACUUUGGCUAGAGAGAUUUGAACCCGCGACCUUCGGGGAGUCUUGAGAACGUGGAGAGUAGACUACUUGGCUGCAGCCUUGAGGGAUUUCAACCUGCAACCUUCGGCGGGUGACGACGUCUGCGACCAUCAUGGGACAUUGAUUGUGCAGCACGGACUUGGCGGCAUCCUGGGCCAGCGGUGGAGGUUGUUUGUGUGCUUGACCUCGGAGCUUCUUGAACGUGGAUAGUGGAGUUGUGUGCAGAGAUUUGAACCUGCGAGCUUCAGCUGGCGAUGACGUCUGGGCCCAACAUGGAACAUUGAUUGUGCACAGACAAGUGGCAUCGUGGGCCAACGGUGUCUGUUUCAGCUGUUACUCAUCCUCCUCCUCCUUCAAGAAGAAAGAAAGAAAGGAAGGGAAGAAACUCGACGAAAGAAAGAAGGAAACAAAGACCUCUUCGCGCAGGGAGGGAGGGAUAACAAUAACUUGAAGAAGAAAAAAAAAAAGAAAGCAAAAAGCUCCAAAAAAACCUAUAAAAGAAAGAAUUUGAAGAGAGAGUAUGGCAGGUCUUACCGGUGAAGCUAAGCGCCACCUGGUUAAGAGUCUAAUGAGAGCUAAGGAGCUUUCUGGAAAGACGUUCGACGAGAUUGCUGAGGAGGCAGGUGUGACUAACGUGUAUGCCGCACAACUGUUCUUCAAUCAAGCGCAGCUACGUGGCAACACCGUGGAACGACUGGUUGGAGCGGUGCCCUAUCUGAUUGAGCGGGACCACACGCUGAUCGAAGGCAUGAAGAAACCACCAUUCAGGUCCUACGACGAGACGGUCCUGCAUGAACCAUUCGUGUACAGGUUGUACGAGUUCGUGAUGCAUUACGGAGAGGCAAUCAAAGCUGUAGUGGAGGAGAAGCUUGGCGAUGGCGUUAUGUCGACGGCAGACUUCUACUGCUCGGUGGAUAAGAUGAAGGGGAAAGACGGAGAGCCACGUGUCGUGAUCACGCUCAACGGAAAGUUCAUCCCACAUGUGGAACAUCUGUCAGCUGAUGACGUGUCACAACGAUGCACCUGCAGCUGCAAGCAUUGCCAAAACGAUGCCGUUCGAUAAGAUGGAUGCCUCCAUGUCCAUGUCUUCCAGGCCGGCAAGACUGGGACCGCAUAGGCCAAAAGUA